UGUGCAGAACUCCGUCAGGCCGUGUUCGGGCGCGUUCACCUUAGCGGGCCAAGUAAAUGGCGCCUUUCAUGUGGGAGGGCACGUAUGUUUGACUUUUUAUUUCUUUCUCUUCAGUUUGUUACACCUUUAGAAAGAGGAGGCGGCGUGGACAGUUUUUAAGAGGACACCGUAUCCGAUUUAAUGGAAUUAGCUUUGGACAUUAAAACGUCGACAGGGAAUAAGAUGCCUUGCCACAAUCAGCAGUUGAGCAGCCCCACGCAGGAGGAGCACGCUGUCAAGCAGGUCCGGUUCGUCAACAGCGGCUCCGGCGGCGGCACCAUCUCCAGCGCAGAGGUCAAGGAGACCCAAGAAAGUGGGCUUGUCGGAGCGCCGUGCCCGUGGCAGCUCGGGCCGCGAGUUAAGCUGCUCCCGCUGAAUGACCAAAUCCGAGAGCUGCAGACUAUCAUCCGUGACAAGGCAACCAGCAGAGGGGAUUUUGUGUUUUGUGCAGAUCGAUUGAUUAGACUUGUAGUUGAGGAAGGACUCAACCAGUUGCCAUUCACCGAGUGCACCGUCACAACUCCCACUGGGCACAAGUAUGAUGGCGUUAAAUUCGAGAAGGGCAACUGUGGUGUCAGUAUCAUGAGGAGUGGAGAAGCCAUGGAGCAGGGCUUGCGGGAUUGCUGCCGAUCCAUCCGCAUUGGUAAGAUCCUCAUCCAGAGCGACGAGGAGACCCAGAAAGCCAAAGUCUACUAUGCCAAAUUCCCCCCUGAUAUCUACAGGAGAAAAGUCCUGCUCAUGUACCCCAUCCUGAGUACAGGUAAUACCGUGAUAGAGGCUGUCAGGGUGCUUAUUGAACAUGGCCUGCAGCCCAAACACAUCAUCCUUCUCAGCCUCUUCUCCACGCCCCACGGUGCACAGUCAAUCGUGCAGGAGUUCCCAGACAUCACGAUUCUCACUACAGAGGUGCAUCCUGUAGCCCCCACGCACUUUGGACAGAAGUACUUUGGGACAGACUAGCUGCAAGUCUGGGGAGCCCAUGCGAUGAUGCUCUGCAGGUGCCACCAACAGUGUGCUUUUCUUCUGCUAAGCGCGACCUGGUAAACGCCUAUUGCACCACUCAGCCAGUCCCUGAUGGCCACCCUAUCAUGUGACUAGAAAAGUGUUACGAAACCAGACACGCCCACCAUGAAGAGGAGGGGGAAGCACAUUCCAUUCAGGUCCGUGAGGAAAAUGAGGUGGGCACUGCCUCAUUUUCCUUGCAUUCACUUGCUUUUUCCAUAUUACUUAUGUCAUAUUACUUAUGUAUCAUGUCUUCAGUUUUAGGGGAGGAACAAAAAAUAAACAUUACUCAUAGUU